ACACAAAAAUAUUUUCGAAAUCCCUAAUCUACUCUUGAAAAUGGCUCUUAGAACUGUGCUCGUCUCCGACGUCCCUAGCCUCCCGGAGUCUGUUUACGGAUUAUCCGAAGGUUUAGAGUUGAACAAACCGACAUCGUUUAGGUUACCGGGUUUUUCGGUGAUUGGACACAGAGGAAUCGGUAUGAAUGUGUUGCAAUCGUCUGAUCGGAGAACGAGAGGUGUUAAGGAGAACUCAAUUCUUUCGUUUAAUUCCGCCGCCAAGUAUCCGAUUGAUUUCAUUGAGUUCGAUGUUCAGGUGACAAAAGAUGAUUGCCCUGUUAUUUUCCAUGAUGAUUUUAUCUACUCUGAAGAAAAUGGUAUUGUUAAUGAGAGUAGAGUGACGGAUCUGAGUCUGUCUGAGUUUCUCCUUUAUGGACCUCAGAAGGAAACUGAGAAAAUAGGAAAGACCCUGAUGAGGAAAUCUAAAGAAGGGAAGGUUUUGAAAUGGGACGUUGAUUUGGAUGAUUCUCUUUGUACGUUGCAAGAAGCUUUUGAACAAGUUGAACAAACUCUGGGAUUCAAUAUCGAGUUGAAAUUCGAUGAUCAGACCGUCUAUGAACGAGAGUUUCUUGUUCAUGUCCUGAGAUCAGUUUUGCAGGUGGUCUCUAAUUAUGCUAAAGACAGACCAGUGAUCUUCUCAAGUUUCCAACCAGAUGCAGCAAAACUUGUUAGGGAAUUGCAGAGCACUUACCCUGUUUUCUUUCUGACUGAUGCGGGGAAUGAGAUUCACAAUGACGAGAGAAGAAACUCACUCGAAGAAGCCAUUCAAGUUUGCUUGGAAGGAGGUCUUCAAGGUAUUGUUUCAGAGGUAAAAGGAGUGUUCAGAAACCCAGCAGCCAUUAGCAAGAUCAAAGAAUCUAACCUCUCUCUUCUCACAUACGGCAAACUCAACAAUGUCGGAGAGGCAGUGUACAUGCAAUAUGUGAUGGGGAUUGAUGGAGUGAUUGUUGAUUUUGUUGAGGAGAUUAUACAGUCCACGACACUCAUGAUGAUAAGACCACCACCAUCAUCAUCUUCAUCACCAUUACCAUCACCUUCCAAGGACGAUGAUGUUGCCAUUACAAGACCUGAGUUUUCACAGAAGGAGAUAUCUUUUCUUCUCAAGCUUCUCUCUCAGUUGAUACAACAUUGAUGAUCACCAUCUUUGUUUUUUCUUUUUCUUUCAUCCCAAGUUUCUUUUUAGGGUUUCAUUUUCUUGCUGAUUUUUUAUUAUUCUGGGUGUAUUACCCAAUAGUUGGAACUGUAAAUAAUUAUAUAAUUUUCUU